AUGAUUUCUGAUGAGUACUUAGUGGAGUGCAGAAUAGAUGAUGAUGAUGAUAGUUGUGAUGCUGAUGAGGAGGACGAUAUGAAGAUCCAAACCACUCCAACUGUGCCACCACAGUUCUGCUCCAACUCCCAAGUGUGCAUAAACCAAGGUCAGACACGAGACCCCUAUGGCAUCAAUGACCACUUAAAGGUAGACUUUAGUGAUGUUUUGGCUGAGCCAGUGUCCACACACAGUUAUGAUCGAGUUUGGGUGUACAGCAGCAUUGGGUUUGAGUCAGCACGAAUCUGGAGUUAUCGCUGCCUCACUGCACUGUGUGCCAUUCCUGUCUCCUGCAUCUCUGGGUGUCUCUUUGCAUUGCUGGCCUGCUUGCAUUCAUGGUGUGUGAUGCCCUGUGUACAGAUGUGCCACACAUGUUUGCCUUGUGUUAGGUCGCUGUGGAUGAGCCUGGUUAAUAUCUUCAUAGUGCCAGUCUGCGUGUCUGUCGCUCACUGCUGUAGUGGAAUUUAUAUAUUAUACUCAAAAGAAACACUGUGA